GAAAGAUAACAGGUUUUAUUUAUGUUACACAACGCUUGCUGCGAUCAAUAAUUUCUUAGAUUAGUGCAGGGUUGGGACGGUUGGGACCAACGGGUUUCUUCCGCAAAAUCGUAACUCAGCAACAGUAGCAGACGAACCGUUUUCGUUUCUGCUUAAUUCUGCACUGGCCCACCAGGGGGGGAAACUGCAAUUUACGAUUCGGAAAGCGCAGAGUGCGACUUUCCCCGGCGGCACCAGGCGUCGGGUUGCAUGGCGGAAGACAAGCAGCUGGAGGAAGGGGGCGGGGGCGGGGCCUACGGGGGCUGCGAGGGCCCCGAGGCUAUGUACGUCAAGCUGAUCUCCUCGGACGGACACGAGUUCAUCAUCAAGCGCAACCAUGCCCUCACCUCCGGCACCAUUAAGGCCAUGCUGUCAGGACCCGGCCAGUUCGCAGAAAACGAAACUAACGAAGUGAACUUCAGGGAGAUUCCGUCCCACGUCCUUCAGAAGGUGUGCCAGUACUUCACGUACAAGGUGCGCUACACCAACAGCUCGACGGAGAUCCCGGAGUUCCCCAUCGCGCCGGAGAUCGCGCUCGAGCUCCUCAUGGCCGCAAACUUCCUCGACUGCUGACUUCCCUUGCCCGCACGCACCUCCUCCCUCUUUUCCUCCUCCUACAAGCUCCGCCCUCCUCACCCUCGAACCGACCCGUACCAUUGUUGUCCGACUCCCGAGUCGUGCAAAACGCCGCCGCGGAGUUACUCUUUUGUCCGGACUUCCUCGCUCGAGCAAUUGGAAAUUUUGUUUUAACCAAAAGCCAAACAUUUUCUUUAGUGGCAAGCCUAAGCGGAAGCGGUCGGCUCUAAGUUUGGUGCUCACUUAAACCCUUAUUUUUUUUUUUUUUUUUUUUUUUUCUGUGUGCGAGGUUUGUUGACAUUUCUUUUACGGUAGUUAUGCAAGAAAGGAGGCCCAUGGGCCGGAAGACGCGUCGGCGGAGUUGUCGCUGAAAGUCGACCUUGCUUCCUUUUUCUUUUUCUGUCGGCGGCGGAAGGAAGGGAAGAGAUAUUUGACACAUGUACAUAAGAGUAAAAGGUUGUUUUUUAUUAUUAUUAUUUUUAAAGCGGGGGGAAAUGGGGAAAGGCCAUUGGGAUGCGGGAAAUUCAAAAGUGAAUUAAUGUCUGGGUUGUUUGAUGAUUUUUUUUUCCUCUGAAUGUCCCCUUUUCUUUGAUGGUUGGCAGCGUAGCCACUAUGGCAGAAAGUGAUAAUAAAAAUUGUUCUCAGUAAAAAGAAA